UUGGGCCCGGGGCAGCUCGGACUCAGACGUGACCAUGUUUGGGCAUGGAGGCUUAUCUCAGAUGGGGACCAAAGGCCACUUCCCUGGAGACGGAGAAGGGCUGGGAGCCCGGGCUUCCUGCUGGAGCUCAGGCGGCCUCUUCUGGGGUGAGGGCCGGGGGCCGGGCAGACAGAAAACGCCUGCCUGCCGAAGACCUGAAGACGGCAGGGUGCGGGCGACUAAAUGACCGCCGUCCCCGGUGGACAUGGGGAAGAAGCUGGUGAUGGCCCAGAAGCGCGGGGAGACGAGAGCCCUUUGCCUGGGGGUGGCCAUGGUGGUGUGCGCCGUCAUCGCCUACUACAUCCUGGGCACCACCCUGCUGCCCCUCUACCAGAAAAGCGUGUGGACCCAGGAAUCCAUGUGCUACCUGAUUGAGGCCAAGAUCUGGGACCAGGAGGAGCUGGAGGGCAGGAAGGUGGCCCAGUACCCGUGCCUGUGGGUCAACGUGUCCACCGUGGGCCGCUGGGCCGUGCUGUACCACACGGAGGACACUUGGGACCAGAACCAGCAGUGCUCCUACAUCCCCGGCAGCCUGGACAACUACCAGCUGGCCCGGGCCAGCGCGGAGAAGGUCAGAGGCAGAUUCCAGGAACACCGGGCCUUCCGCUGCUUCGCGGCCCCGCGGGAGAACGAGACCCGGGUCCUGUACCGGCGCCUCUACGGGCCGCAGACCCUGCUCUUCUCCCUCUUCUGGCCCACCUUCCUGCUGACCGGCGGCCUCCUCGUCAUCGCCAUGGUGAAGUUCAACCAGUCCCUCUCCAUCCUGGCGGCUCAGAAGUGAGCCCGGCCGUGCCGCGCCACCGUGCAGGCCGCCUGGCGCUGGGGAGCCUGGGCUGUGCCCAUUUCCGUGCCCAUGCCUCUUCCUCUGCCUCCCCACUCCCCCCCCCCCCCCCCCCCCCCCCCACACAGUCCGCCUGUCUCCCGUCGCACGUGCGGCCCUUGUUCAGCCCCUUUCUGCUCAGGAACGUACAAGUAACGGCUCCCUACUGCCCUGGAGAGCGCAGGCCGGCUGGUUCCAGCUCUCCAUUCCCCGCCCCCGACCCACUGACCCAACCCACGCCCCCCAGACGGCAGUGGCUCUGACCUCGCGCCUGUGUUCUCACCGGGCUCCACAGC